UAACCCUGGUGUGUGUGUGUGUACGGUCUUCACACUAUAAAUAUUCCGAACAAUUUCCAUUUGAUUUUCAUAUUCGUUUCAACCAACCAACCAAACGAUCAAAGAAUCAUCGUAUAACAUUGAAUCCAGCCAAAAUGACAUUAUCAUUUGUAUUGACUGUAAAAUUUUUCCUCGUCUAUUUAUUAUCAUCAUAUUUAUGGAAUAGCUAUUCUUUACCUGGUGGUGGUGGUAGUUCUGCAAUUCUUGGCAUAUCUGAUUCUGAUGGUGGUGGCGGCGGUGGUGUUAAUUUCCUAAAAUGGCCAUCCGUUUCCGAAAUUAUACCAUCAUUUUUAUCGAAUAAUCAGCUAAAUCCACCAAAUAAUGAUUCAACGGCGGAAAAAUCUAAUAAAAAUUAUUGUACCGAUGAUGUUGAUUCGAUUCCAAUGACUGUGGUGGAAAAACAACUUCCAUGUCAUCAUAAUAUCGAUGGUAAUAAUGACGAUGAACGUAUUGUCGAUGGUGAAUUGGUCGGUAUCGGGCAACGAUCAUAUCAGAUUGCAUUAUUUCGUCGUGAUAAAUUUGCUUGUGGUGGUUCAUUUGUAUCCCGUCGAUUUAUACUAACCGCAGCACAUUGUGUUAAUGGUUAUCAACCGGAAAAUCUUAAAAUCCGAUAUGCAUCAAGACAAUAUGAUUCCGGUCCAUUAAUGGCCAUACAUUCAAUUCAUGUACAUCCAGAUUAUAAUCCAUCUUUGGUUCGAAAUGAUUUGGCUUUACUGCGUUUGACAUAUCCCUUGCCAAAAAUUCCCUUAUUAAUCAGUUCAGCUGAAUUGAAUGAAAAAUCAAAUCUGGAAGCAAAUCAAAGUGUUAUUGUAAGUGGUUGGGGACGUACUGGAAGAUCAUUACCAAUUUCAAAACGUUUAUUAAUGGCAAAAUUACGUAUAGUAGAUACGGAAGAAUGUCAACAACAAUGGUCAACAAUGUUUCAAGUAAAUUCCGAAUCAAUGAUUUGUGCCGGAGAUUUGGAUAAAAGUGCUUGUAAUGGUGAUUCAGGUGGACCAUUAACAUUCGACAUUGAUGGUGGUAAUAAAUUAAUUGGUAUUGUAUCGGUUGGAUCAUCAACAUGUUUAUCCGCAAAACGACCAAAUAUCUAUACAAAUGUUGCAUAUUUUCAUGAUUGGAUUCAAAAAACAAUUAAUGAUAAUUAUUAAAUCUUAUUUCAGCAUCUCAUUUUACUCACUCACUUUCUAUAUUUUUU